AUGACAGUGCAUCGCUACAAUUUAUUGGAUGAAGGGAACACUCACAGAAGAGGAUCAAUUGACAAAAUGUUAUACUCUGCAUUCAUUGUCAGUGCUUUUAUCUUGCUUUUCAUUUUACUACAAUCCGGUGUCAAUACUGGUCAACAAGAUUCUCCAAUAGGAAGCUCAGAAGAUGGGAAUAAUAUUGAACACAAUUGUUAAAUCCAACUCCAGGAUUUAAUAAUAGAAGACUCUUCAACCAAAUAGUUUAUUACAGAUAAGAAUAAUAAUUAAGGGAUCAGAAAGGAUGAAUGGGGGAUUCUACAUCUAGAACCGUUUGAUGCUUGAACCAUGUUAUAUGCACAGAAUAGCGUCUUAUAUACCAUACAUACAAAUCGAAUUAUGCUAAUGUUGGGGGCGAAGGUGGUAAUGUUAUGGGAACGACGGGAAUAUUGUUUCCCUAUGACUAAUAGAAGAUCAGAAAUCAUAAUCAAAGAGCAAGCGAUUUGACAACAAUUCCAGUAUCAAUGUUGAAGUAUCUCCAGUAUUUCAAGCUUUUUAUGAUUGCAUUUAUCCAAAACUGGAACCAUAUAAGGGGCAAUACAAGGAAUUCUGGUUUGCAUUUACCAAUGUCACGAAACAGUGCGACAAUCUCGAAGUAUACAAAUCUAUGGAUAUUCAUCCAGCUUCUAACAGAGGAGAAACCAAAUAUGUUGCUUUGCCAAAAACGAACGAACUCUUGACUAUGGUUACUCUGGGAAUUGGGCAUGAUGUAGGUGCAGAGGUUAAACUGAAAGAGCUUUAUCCAAAAAUUGAUUUUUUCGGAGCAGAUCCAGCAGCAGUGAUCAAUAAAGAUCUUUAUGAGAAUACAUUAGGAGGAAAAUAUUUCCAAUAUGCUGUCAGCGGAGAAAGUGGAAUGCAACGCUCAAGUGUAUAUGAAAAGGAUCGAUACCAGGACAGAGUGACAAAGCACGUCAAGGCUGAUUAUUUCUUUAAAAACAUUCUUCAUAAAACUAAAAUCGAUAUGCUUUGGAUUGAUGUUGAGCAAAAUGAAUAUCCAAUUCUUGAUCAAAUUCAUCGAAACGAGGCAAUCGACAAGGAAGGUAUACUUCUGUGUCAAAUCAAUGUUGAACUUCACAAAGGAAUUUUCGGCGAAGUUGAAGAUCAAAUGAAAAAGCUUCAUGAUUUUGUAUGGAGACUUCUUGACGAAAAACGAUAUGUUAUGAUGAAACCUCACUUUGUUUUGUACAAAAUGGUCGGAUUUAUUCGAGUAUUUAUGGUUAAUGUUUCUGAUAAGGAGUGUGCUGAUUUGUUUGUAAAUUGAUU